CCGACGAGGAAUUGCCGACGAGGCGGCCUGCCACGUCACGAAAAACCGGUUCGGUCCGGUUCGAACCGCUUGCCAAGGGCCGCUCCCAUGUUCGACAUUCUCGAAGCACGAUGGUGAAGGACGCCAAGAGCCGCGACCGCUUCCAAGGCGUCGCCAACGCCGACGACUGCCGCCCGCUCUCGCCCACGUCCAAAGGCGUGUCCCGCUGGCACCUCUCGCGCAACAAGCGGUUCCCGAUCCGGACCGGCCUCGCCGCCGUCGUGCUCUUCACGAUUGGCUCGGUCCUUCUCUACGUGAGCACGCUCUUUGGCCUCGACGGCGAGCGCCGGGGCAUGUCGUUUUUUGUGCUCGGCCUCAUCACAUUCAUUCCGGGAAGCUACGCGACCACGCAACUCUACGGCGCGUACAAGGGCUGGCCCGGCUACGACUACGCCCAGCUCCCGUCCUACGACGACUAGCCGCCUCCGGUUCAACGUCGUCGAUCUGCAGCGUUGCCGCCCGUCGCCACGCACUGUAGCAGCAUAACACGCAGCAAUAUACUCGACACAUGCAUCCA